CCUUGGAAAGAUCGACAGGCGUCCAGCCUCAGCCUUGUGCUACUCUGCGGCUACAUACAGCCUCAGUCUAACAUAUCCUCAACGACCCACGUCCAUUCUGAUCUGUAGUCCUCAUACACUGGCCAAGAUGAGUUUCAAAGCCAAGGACCUGCAUUUUGAUAACUCACAGCCUGCAUUUCUGCAAAGGCUACGAGGUCAAAUGCAAGGGGAAGACUCGGCGCGUCAUGAACGUCCGAUUCCCAGGAACAAGAGGAUGAAACAGGACGAUGAAGACGACGCCCCUACCUAUGUCCUGGAGGACACCAACCAGUCUAUGACCAAGGAAGAGUACGAAGCUUUCGUCACCAAGAAGGACUCCAAUGAGGACGGCAAGACCGAGCAAGAAGAUGUUACUAGAAUGUCGACCAAAGAUGCCGAAACGAAGUCCAAGGACAGGAUUACAGAAAUUGGAGCCAACGCCAAGAAACGGAAAGCUGCAAAGAUCAUCAGUGACGAGCAGCAAGACGACAAGGACCAGUCCAAGAAUGGGGAGAAAGCGAAUGUGAAGACUGUCAAGAAGCCCAAGAAGAAGGCGAAAGUUGUCAAGCUCACGUUUGGUGACGAAGAGGAAGGAUGAAGCUCAUCAACUCUACUACUUCGGCCUUGUAACACAGAAACACUGUGCCAUUCUCUGCAUACGUGCAGUCAUUACAACGCUUCAACCGAGUCAGCAAUCCAGAAUCUCCACUUGGGUUUCGAACUGCUCCAAAUCGAACGAAUGCUCCAAUGCGCGCUGCCAGCUGCAUGAUGAGACGCUGCUCGAGGAUCUCAACAGAGAUGUUGCAAAGACCCAUGUUCCCGCAGACCUUCUUCCUGGACGCACUCACAAAGAGUCUGGGACGCUGCCAAUACCAGUUCAGUACCAACCGCUCGCUAAGUUGGAUGAAAG